AUGUCCUUUCAACGACCUCUCUCUCGCGCCGUGCGGUGCGCCGCCCGCACAUCACGCCCCGCGGCAUCCUGUCUUCCUCUUCCCAUCGCAACACGGCGACAGUACCAGUCCAGCGCGCGACCCUCCGGCAUCAUUCCCGUACCAUACAUAACAGAAGUUACCGAGCGCAUAAUAUGUCUCUACGGCUCGAUCGAUGAUGGCACGGCGGCGUCGAUAGUAUCCCAGCUUCUAUGGCUCGAGGCCGAGAACCCAGAGAAAUCCAUUACCCUCUACAUCAAUUCCCCUGGCGGCAUGAUAUCAUCAGGUCUCGCCAUCUACGAUACUAUGACCUACAUCCGGCCCCCCGUAUCGACCGUCUGCGUAGGCGCCGCAUCCUCCAUGGCCGCCCUCCUCCUCGUCGGCGGAGAAGCCGGCCAACGCUUCGCGCUCCCCCACAGUUCCAUCAUGAUCCACCAGCCCCUCGGCGGCACGCAGGGCCAGGCGACCGACAUCCUCAUCUACGCGAACCAGAUCCAGCGGGUGCGCGACCAGGUCAACGAGAUAUACAGACGCCACGUCAACAAGGCGCUGGGCGGCGAUAAGUUUGACAGGAAGAUGGUGAGCGAUCUCAUGGAGAGGGAUAAGUACCUCACGCCGGAGGAGGCGAAGGAGUUGGGGAUUAUUGAUGAGAUUUUGUCCAAGAGGCCUGUUCCUCCUGUGGAGGGGCAAGAAGGUAGUGGGGGUUCUGAUGGCAAGCAGAGCUAG